AUGUCGCUGGUGCAAAGCGGGGGAAGUCUCGAUGAGGCUGCCUUCAACAGGGAGCCGGACAUGGAAGAGUACGGGUCGUUUCUCUUCUACACGUACAACCGCUUGCACCAGUUUGCAAAGGCGCAGCAGGUGGCUACCAAGAUGUACGCCAAGUUCAAGAAGGUGCAGCACCUUCUUUGGGUCAUUUCCAGCAUUCUUCUGCAAGUUCGGUUCGGUGGGCCGCCAAAGAUGUUGGACCUGGCGGCGAUGAUGCUGCAGAAGGCGCCCCUCGGUCUCGAUGGCCUGCAAAACAUGCCCUUCAAUCGAGGAGUCCUUUAUCUUUUCUUCCUGCACCUCAGCACGCUUCAGCUGCAAAAGAAGCAGGCGGAGGCCAUCGAGAUGCUGGAGGCCGGCAAGCCGUUGCUGAAGCUGCCUUCGGACCUCUCGGCUCUUCGCGUCCAACUUCUCUGGGAGGCUGGCAGGUGUCAAGAGGGUGUUCUCGAGGCUCGAGCUCAGGUGAUUGCCAGUCCUGGCAGCUGGGCCUCUGCCCAGGACUAUGCUCGGCUUGUCUUCGACUUGCCUUCACCAGAUGGCUUUGAUGCUUCGAAGGGCCACACUUCUCGAUUUUCCGGGAUGCUUCCCUCUGUUGUCUCGUUUGAAGAGUUGGAAUCCAAUUGGACACAGGAUGAGGCACGGAAUGCCCUUUUGCUGUUCCGACACCUGCAACAAGUGGAGGAGCAGGGACAGAGCACGGGUGGUGGGAGUGGCGUGAAUCGUAUCGCCUUCCUUGGUGAGCUCGAGCUGCGAAGGUGUGCACUGGCGCGGACACAGCUUGACUCAGUUGCGGUCGACGCUGCAGAUGUCCAGGAGAUGGUGCGGGUCAUGAGCACCUUCGUGCAGCAUUUUGCUGGAAGGGAAGAUCACACAUCGUUUUCUCUGGCUGUCGAAGUCUCAGAGGCGGCGGACGCAUCGCCGCUCCUGUCUGCGGCAGCUGGUGAGGAUCGGGAGGCAGCAGUGCUGGAGGCUAGGUUGCGGAGAUCCUUCCGAAGAACGGAGGGGAUGGACGCCGCGGGAGCCUCGAGGGCGAGGGCCGCUGCCGAGCAGUCGGUGGCGGAGGAAGCCGAAGCCUGCCGCUUAGUGGAGACUUGGAUUCGAUUCGGAGGUGGUUCGGGUGCCGAGAACAAGAGUCCUGAAGCCCUGCUGCAGCUGGCAGUGGUGGCUUUAAUUGAGGCAGACAGGUGGUCACCCAACAAGGCUGUAGCGUGCACUGAUCUGGCAUGCCGCAACAGCUUUGGACUCCAUCGUGUAGGCAGCGGAUCGGCAGCAUCUUCUUGA